AUGAAGGGUAGAAGUAAUUUGUGGUGUAAUGUAGAUGGGCCAAUAAGAGAGGAUUUCCCGGGGGAAGAUACAGUUGACAAAUUAUUCACCCAUGCGGCAAAGUUAUAUGAUGAUAAAAUAGUCCUGGGUACACGUGAAGUGCUAAAGGUUAUUAUUUUUGCGGAAACUCGAGCUGAUUGGCUUAUCACUUCACUCUUCCAUAUUAAUAUACCAGUUGCUAUAGUUUACGCAACACUUGGAGAGAAAGCAAUAAUUCAAGCAAUCAGUGAAACAGAAGCUACAUUAUUGGUGACAUCUGCUGAAUUGUUAACAAAAAUUGUGACAAUAAGGAAGAAAAUAUCAAAUUUACAAUUGUUAGUGUAUUUUCGCUCCUUACAAUCUUCAAAGAAAAUUGUCAAUAUGGAUAUCAUCAAGGAAUAA